UUUGAGAGAACCAGCAGGAACUGUGACUGGACAAGGUCGCAGGGCUGCAGGAGAUUUAGGCUAUUAUCCAGGGAUACUCUGCUUUUAAAACAUUUAUUUAAGUAGACUUGCAUUAAAAAAAUCUAAAUUUGCAUAUGUGAAAACCCUGCAUGUAUAUAUAUAUUUUUUUCUUUUUAUAUUCAUCUCACCCAUCAACGUUAAUGUGCGCCUUGGUGCGCUCAGCGGACCAACGCACGUCUCCUCUCUGUCACAUAAUGUGGAUUACUUUGGCGUUGAUUCUGGCGGCUGUCAGCCCCGGUGGGAGCUUGGGAUGUCAGUUACCCCACGACUGGAGACCGCAGACAGAAGCGUGCCGAGCUGAACUUGCGGAGAUCAUCGUCUUCGCCAAGGUGUUGGCGCUGCACAAGGAGUCGUACAGUGUGUAUAACUACCUGCCGUGGCAGCACGACACCGAUCUGCUCUUCUCUGCAGAGAUCGAGCUGUUGUGCGAUCAGGCGUGGGGCAGCAUGCUGGAGGUCCCCGCUGGAUCCAGGUUUAAUGUCAGCGGCCUGGGUUACCUGCCGUGUUUUUCCUACAGCGUCACCAAAAACAACAACUACUACUUCUUUCUAAGGAUGGAUGAGAACUAUAACAUUGUCCCACAUGGAGUUAACUUUCAAGACCCAAUCUUCCCUGACACUGCAGAAAACCAUCGCAUGUUUGCAAGUCUCUUCCAGUUCUCCAACUGCACACCUGGAACUCAAGUCCACAGUUUUACUCCGGAGUGGGAGGCUCAAGAGGACAGCAGGUUGUUGUGUUCAACGGUGCAGAAGGCUCUGUUUGAGGAGGAAGAGAGGGUGAGGACUCUCUCCCAAAAAGUGCGUUCCCUGGAAAAAGCCAAUGGUCACCUGAGGGAGAAGGUGAAGACCCUAAAACGCCAGCUACGGCAAGCCCAACGAGGAACAAAGGAGCAACAGACCCUCAGUCUCAAACAGCUCUAUGAGUCAAGGACGCCCCAAACUCACCCUGAUCAGGAAACUACCCAAGAUCAUAAAAACCCUCCACUCAAACAGGCCAAAUUAAAAAUCUAACUGGUUUGUUUUUGUCAUCUGUCAAGGCAAACCAAUACUUUUCCCUCAUGGUGCAUACAGAGGCAGAUAAAUAGAUAGAGAGGGAAAAGUUGGUUGAAAACAGCGACGGCAGAAACAACUAACAAUUUCGAUUCAUUCAAACAUUAUUCAUGUCUUCAUUGCUUAAACAUUUUUUUAUAUAUAUAUAUAUAAAAUGCUAUUUCUUUACGUGCUGGACACACCAUGCAUCAUAUGAAUGUUUGUUUCUUUAAAAAUAAUAUUCUUAGAUGCUCCAGAUCAAACUUUGUCAUUUGGGGCUCAACAUUUAGACAGCAUGUCAGUUUAUUCUAAUCUGCCCCCAUUUCUAGAUUUAAUAGAACACAAAUAAUAUAGCCUAUUCUUAAUUAAAUGUGUUUGGCAUUAUUAAUUUUAGAUGAUCAAAAACAUCUGAUGUCUAAAACUGUAGGCUAGAAUAAGUGUCCCUGUUUAAGUAAAGGAUAAUGCCCGACUUCGUGGAGGCGUGAUCCAUCUGACAUGAAGCGUCCAUUAAUUUAUGAUAAUGGCCACCUCGGAGGGCAUUAUCCCGUUUAUACCAUGGUCCAUUAAGAAAGAAAAAACUAUUAAAUAAAUUAUUAAGUUUUUCACAAGAAGGCUGAGUGGACUAUU